AAUACGUCACGGGGGCUUUUUACUGUUGCUGUCGCAUUAUCUGAAGUGGCUAACCACAGAGCUAACUCUUUCGCCGGAAUAUGAACAAAGCAUAUGUGAGAAAAUAUAAUUAUUCGGUAUUCUAAGCGUCUGAAAAUAGCUUGAGUUUAGUUCUGACACUUCUGUCGUUACUGUUGUAAACUUCUGACAGACUGAACGUGUACCUGGAUUAACGUUAGCUAACGUUAUCUCUCAAGCAGGUAAUUGGGAUUAGCUAGCUAGCUAGGUUGCUAGCUACACAUCGACUGUGAUAACAGAAGAGAGCUAUGGAAGAGACGACUACUAUAGAAGUCACAGUGAAGACUCUGGACUCCCAGAGCAGGAGUUACAAAGUGAGAGGAGAGCUGACUGUGAGGGAGUUUAAGGAGCACAUCGCUGCCUCAGUGGAAAUCCCAGUGGACAAGCAAAGACUCAUCUACCAGGGCCGUGUGCUGCAGGAUGAUAGGACUUUGACUGAGUACAAUGUGGAUGGUAAAGUCAUCCAUCUUGUGGAGCGUGCCCCUCCUCAGACCACUCAGUCGGGUGGUGGCGGCGGCGGCGUGCCGGGCUCAUCUGGGGGUGCGGAGGGCAGUUCCGCCUCAGCCUCCUCCACCUCCGGCCCCCAGGGCGGCCCACAUGAUCGCAAUGGCAACAGCUAUGUCAUGCUGGGCACUUUCAACCUGCCCGUCAACAUCAUGGACCCCCAGCAGAUCCAGAUGUCUGUGCAGCAGAUGAUGGCUGGAGUUGGAGAGGCGGGCCGCUCAACCCGUGUAAGCACCAGCACCGGGAGUAAUGGUUCAGUGGACUUGCACAUCAAUUUGGACCAAUCAGUGCAGAGCGAGCCCAGACUCCGGCUGCAGCUGGCUGAGAAUUUGCUGAGAGACAUCCAAUCAGUGAUCAACAGACUAGAGGGCCAGCAGCCUGAGGCAACUGCCAAUCAGGCCCCUGCACCUGAAGCAUCAGCCAAUCAGGCCCCUGCACCUGAAGCAUCUGCCAGUCAGCCCUCAGCACCGCCUCCGUCCUCCUCUCCUGCUGCUCAACCAAUGGACACCUCUCCUCCAGCCCCCCCACCAGCUACAGACUCCACCACUGCCACCUCCUCCUCCUCCACCACCACCUCUUCCUCCUCCACCUCCUCCUCCUCCUCCACCACUACCACUCAGACAGAGGGAACCGCCCCAUCUGGACCCAAUCACCCCAGCCCUGCUGAGCUGGUGGAGGUCCUGUCAGAGGUGAGGAGGCUUGAGGAGCGCCUUCGUCCAUUUAUGGAGAGAACCCACUCCAUCCUGGGAGCAGCCACCUCUGCCGACUACAACAACAAUACACAGGAGCGAGAGGAGGACCAACGCACGCUCAACCUCGUGGGGGAGUCCCUGCGUCUCCUCGGUAACACGCUGGUCAACCUGAGCGACCUGCGCUGCAACCUGUCUGCUCAGCCCCCCCGCCAUCUCCACGUGGUGCGGCCCAUUUCCCACUACACCUCCCCUGUCCUGCUGCAGGGUGGAGUGCCCCACAUCCCCAUUCCGAUGAACCUUGGGACUUCAGUUACAAUGACGUCCAAUGGGAGACUUGCCACUGACGGGCAACCCCAAUCCACUCAACCUACCAGCCAAUCAGAUCAGCAGAACCAGGGUCAGGCCCCACCCCAACAGCCCAAUGCCACCAAUCAGCAGGGGCAGCCUCAGGCUGGGCCACGGGUCAUCAGAAUCACACACCAGACCAUGGAGCCAGUCGUCAUGAUGCAGAUGAACCUGGAUGAUUCAGGUGUGGGGCCACAGGCAGCGGGUCAACCAAACGCCUCCGCCGCCGGACAUGCAGGUCUCCCCCCUGAGUUCAUGCAGGCUAUCGUGCACCAGAUCUCCCAGCAGGCCGCUGCCAUGGCAGCCGCCGCCUCAGCCGGCCACCCGGGCGGCCACCCAGGCGGCCACCCGGGCCAGCAGCAUGUGCAUGUGCCCCCGACCGGGGAGGCUCCCGUGCCCCCACCCCACCCCCACCCCCACGCCCGGGUGGUCAUCACGCGGCCAUCCUUCGCCCCGCGCAUCCCGCAGCCCACCACCAGGACAGCCACCAUCAACCUGAGGGCAAGUGUGCCCACCCCCGCCCCAGGACAGCAACCUGGACAGCAGGGUGUUCCUGGAGCCCCCUCUCCUCUCAGUCAGAUGGUAUCAGGCCUGGUGGGGCAGCUGCUCCUGCCGGUCCAAACAGGUGAACCCACGUCCAGCUCCUCCUCCUCCUCCUCUCAUUCCUUUUCCUUCUCCACCUCCUCCUCCUCCUCUUCCUCCUCCUCCUCUUCUUCUUUCUCCAAUACAGCUGCUCCUCCUCCUCCCACCACCCCCAACACCCAGAGCAGCGGGACCUCAGAGGGCGGCCCCCAGCCUCCGGAGGGGGCGGGGCUGCCCCAGGAAGGCGGGGCCGUGGAUGGGAAUCUGGCCCAGCUAUUGGGUUCUUUGCUGGGGGGCGUGGCUGCUGCGGGAGGGGCGGGACAAGGAGCCUCCCCAUCCAUCACAGUCACUGUGCCUGGAGUCCCUGCCUUCCUGCAGGGCAUGUCUGAGUUCAUGCAGGCCAACCAGCCGGUCUUCCCUCCCCCGGGACAGCAGCCGCCUCCUCCAGCCUCCUCCUCCGCACCCCCACCCACCACCGCCCCCCCACCCUCCUCCUCCCAGCAGCCAUCCGCCCCACCGCCGCCGUCUGCAGCGCCCCCUGGUGGCGAGACGCUGAGCCCGGAGCUGUUCACGGGCAUCGUGCAGGGCGUGCUCUCCACGCUGCUGGGCUCCCUGGGGGCCGGAGGGGGCAGCAGCGAGAGCAUCGCCCAGUUCAUCCAGCGCCUCUCCCAGACCAGCAACCUCUUCACGCCUGGCUCUGGAGACGCCGUCGGGUUCUUUGGCGAUUUGCUGUCCCUGGUGUGUCAGAGCUUCUCCAUGGUUGACAUGGUGCUCCUGUUGCACGGCAACUCGCAGCCCCUCAGCCGCAUCCAGCCGCAGCUCAGCGCCUUCUUCAGAGAGCACUACCUGCAGGGCCGCGAGCCGACCGACCCCAACAUCAACACUGCCUCUGAGGAGCUCAUCAAUGGCCUUGAGGAAUACGUCGCCGAGAGCUUUGCCUCGGUGACCGUGCGUGAGGGGGUGGACAUUGUACAAACCAACUUGUCCUUCUUACGCCAGCAGUUUACUCGCAUGGCUACACACAUCUUGCGCUGCACAGACCACACCUUUGGCCCACGGCUUCUGUACAUGUGCACCCAGGGCCUGUUUGAGUGUCUGGCUCUCAAUCUGUACUGCCUGAGAGGAGAGCAGAGAGCCCUCACCGCUGUCAUCAACCACCGCAUCAGGAGGAUGUCUGCGGAGGUGAACCCCAGCCUGGUGAACUGGCUCACCAGCAUGAUGACCAUGAGGCUGCACGUGAUCCUGGAGCACAACCCUGUACAGGAGGCUGACAUCAACCAUUACGUCAUACACACACAGACUGAAGCAACCCAGAGGGUGGAAUCAGAUGUCCAGGCCGAACAGCAGGCUGACAGUCAGAAUGUAGAGAUGGAGGAGACCAUGUCCCCAGCUCCUGCCACCACAGCAGAGGAGGCCAUGUUGACCUCUGCAGACGCAGCUGAGGGCACGGGGUCACGCCGGGCAUCGUCAGGGGAGACCAGGGAGACCAGAGGAUCCAUUCCCAUGGCAGCAGCUGGGAGAGAGGAGACGGGGGCAGAGGUCGAACCCUGGGUUGCAUCUGUCCCACCGGAAUGGGUGCCCAUCAUCAGGCAUGACCUUCUGUCCCAGAGGAAGAUGAAGGCGCAGCCUCCUUUGUCCGAUGCCUACCUUCAUGGCAUGCCAGCCAAGAGAAGGAAGACGGCCCAGGGUGAUGGCCCCCACCUCUCCCUGUCUGAUGCGGUGAGCCGCGCCGCCCGGGCUGCAGGUGUGAGGCCCGUCACCACUCCAGAGAGCCUGCAGGGGGAGCUAGAGGCUCCAGAGUUGCAGCAAGCCUACAGUGAACAGGUAACUUACCAGUCCAGUCUCCACCGAUCACGUAUAACUGAGCAGGCAACCAAAAUAAAAGACAAGAACAGUUGUAGAGUGUUGCAGAGAGUUGUUGCUAUGUAAGAAGAAACAAAUGACAAGAUGAACUGUGUCAG